GGGAACGGGUAUGACGAGGCCGGUCCGGAGACGAGACCGACUCCGAGCCGAGGCAGCUAGGGUUGGCCUGGCUCCCGUUCCUGAUCAGAUCCAGCUGAGAGAAAUCCCCACUAGCUCCGCCGCCUCCCGUUCCUGAUCAGAUCCAGCUACGGGAGGCGAGGAAAGAGGCAAGGCAAAUCCAAAAUCCCUCGGCGUCGAGAAGAUGCAGUUUCUCAGCUACGGGAGCUUGUCGCCCACGCCCAUCACCGCGACCCAGGCGGAGUUGGAGGCGGAGGCGAUUCUCAAGGGCAAGGCGGAGGCGGACAUCAUCAAGGCCAAGUCGGAGGUGGAGAAGGAGGAGGUGUCCCUCAAGGACACGGCGGUGGAGGAGACGGCGUUCAUCGUCAAGGCCAAGGCGGAGGAGGAGGCGGUGAUGGGACUGAAGGGCGCCGAUGCGACCUCGGACUCGGAGGUGGAGGACUUGUACGACAACUGCCCCUACGACUCAGACGAUGAUCCAGACACCGUGUGCGCCAAGCUCGCUGCAUGGUACGAGGAGCAGGUCAGGAAGCGGCAUGCUCGCCUUCCCUGGUUGAAGUAUGACUCCGCCGCCGAUAUCCUCAAGAUGCAUGGGGAGGCUUCCGCUUUGUACAACGGGCAGCAGCCCGUGGCUGAUGAUGGGGUUGCUCCAGUGGUACCAGUCUGAGAACCAGAGACGAAGGAGGUCACCAAAGCUAUCCAUGUAGUUAUGUAUCUAUAUCUGUAGUUGAUCCUGUGAACAUCUAUGUUAUCCAUGCACCUAGAUGUGUGCUCUCAUUAUUGUUAAGUUAUUAGCCACCCAUGGAUCAAUGUCAUGUGCGACUGAUAAUUUAUCUUAUGUAAUCUGCUAGUGUUCAUCAUUUGGGUCUCCGAUCA